UUCAACAGUUCUCUGUAGUAGGCGCCGUGGGCCGUGGCCACUUACUGUGCUUCGACAUGUCGUGGCUGAUACAAUCUCUCGGCCACAUCACUCGAUAGAGAUAUCUUAUCCCAUUGACAUUUUUACCAAUAGGUGACCAAGUGAUUUUUUUCUGCGCACGCAGAUGCUUCAGUGUUUCUCUGCGCCAGGCCUUCUCGAACUCAAACGCUCUCAAAUGUAUGCCAUCGAGAGUGGCCCUCCUGGUACUGGAAAGACAGUAACUUCCACUUCUAUCGUCUAUCAUCUCGCCAACAUGAAUCUCGGUCGAGAGUUCGUCUGCGCGCCGUCGAACAUGGCUGUCGACCUUGCGUUGUUAUCCCCGACAGUUACAUAUUCACCUAAGUCUGUUGUGAAGCUUUUGGAUAUGACUGAUGUCUUGCAGGCUCUUAAGGAAACUUUGCGGGAGGCAUUAAUCAGGAAGCCGUGUGUAUACAUAGAAGAGCUAACGUCUUCGCUCACCUAUCCCUCCGCCUGGUGCCAACACAAUGGUCAAUGCCGACAGUGCUCACACACCAGUGGAACUAAUUACGGUGCCUGCACUUGGUCCGGAAUGGUAAUUAUCUGAGAUGACAGCCCUGACUAAGUCGGGUCGACAAGACAUCAAGAGUGAGAAGCGGC